AUGAGCCAACGCAAGCGGCAAAAGUCGCCCGACGCAAUGGCGAUUGACGAGGAGGAGAGGCAAUAUGCUAUUGGAGGGACCACACUCGAAGAAUUGAACGAAAAGUACCCAAAUCGUCCACACAAUCAUUCAAAGACGAUGUGCUUUUCAGAACUCUUCCAAAGUCUCUUCAAUCCUUUGAACGAGAACAAGAAGCAGCCAGCCGGUCGCGGUCCACCUCGCACCAAGAAGGGCCCCCACGGACCGCACAAGCUGUCGCCGCAGGAACAGAGAAGGCACAUCAUUGAGCGUUUUAUUUCGAGAUGGCGAAACGAUGUGGGGAACGACAUCUACCCGGCUUUGCGACUCAUUCUUCCCGACAAGGAUCGGGAUCGCGGCGUCUACGGCCUGAAGGAGAAUGCUAUCGGCAAACUCCUCGUCAAGCUCAUGAAGAUCGACAAGAACUCGGAAGACGGCCACAAUCUACUUCACUGGAAGUUGCCAGGUCAGACCACCUUCUCCAGAUUAGCGGGCGACUUCGCGGGGCGAUGUUUCGAGGUCCUCUCCAAGCGACCGAUGCGGACGGAAGUCGGCGACAUGACGAUUGCCGAGGUCAAUGAGAUGCUGGACAAGCUCGCCGCAUCUGCGGGAGAGCUGGAGAACUUGGAGGUCUUUGAGGUUUUCUACGAGCGCAUGAAUGCGGAGGAACUUAUGUGGUUGAUCCGCAUCGUGCUCAAGCAGAUGAAGGUCGGCGCGACCGAGCGGACCUUUCUCGACCUGUGGCAUCCAGACGGCGAGGCCCUAUUCAGCGUGUCGUCAAGUCUCCGGCGCGUCUGCUGGGAGCUCCAUGACCCCAGGAUCCGCCUGGAGCAGGAGGAUACCGGUGUUACUCUCAUGGAAUGUUUCCAGCCCCAGCUGGCACAGUUCCAGAUGCCAUCUUCUUUCCAGAAGAUGGUCGACUACCUCCGGACUACAGAGGAGGACCCCGAGUUCUGGAUCGAGGAAAAGUUGGACGGCGAGCGCAUGCAAAUGCACAUGGCCGAAGAACCAAGCGUUCCGGGAGGUUUGCGUUUCUGCUUCUGGUCUCGCAAGGCGAAAGAUUACACCUACCUAUACGGUAGUGGAUUGAAGGACGAGAAGGGAGCUCUGACUCGUCACCUGGCAGAGGCCUUCUCCGAGGGUGUUCGCAACGUCAUCCUCGACGGGGAGAUGAUUACUUGGGGCCCGGAAGUCGACAAAAUCAUGCCGUUCGGCACUCUCAAAACAGCUGCUCUAGCAGAGCAGAACAAUCCCUACAACAACACAGGGCCGCGACCUCUCUACCGCGUCUUCGACAUCCUCCUGCUGAACGACCAGCCUUUGACCCAGUACACCCUACGGGAUCGCCGCCGUGCCCUAGGGAAAGCUGUGAAAGGCGUCUACAGAAGGCUGGAGAUCCACGAAUACGAAUCUGCAACAUCGCCAGAGGCCAUCGAGCCACUCCUCCGCAAAGUCGUCGCCGAGGCGUCGGAAGGUUUGGUCCUCAAGAACCCAAGAUCGAUGUACAGACUCAACAGCCGCAACGACGACUGGCUGAAAGUCAAGCCAGAGUACAUGUCCGAGUUCGGAGAGUCUCUAGAUUGUGUCGUUAUUGGCGGCUACUACGGCUCUGGGCGGAGAGGUGGCGCCAUCUCCAGCUUCUUGUGUGGCCUUCGCGUCAGUGAGAACCACAUUCAAGCCGGCGCGAAUCCCGAGAAAUGCUUCAGCUUCUUCAAAGUCGGCGGCGGCUUUACGGCGGGAGACUAUGCCGAGAUCAGGCAUCGAACGGAUGGAAAAUGGACUACAUGGGACCCGAAGAGGCCUCCGGUGGAAUACAUCGAGCUCGCCGGCGGCGACCGGCAAUUCGAGAAGCCCGAUGUCUGGAUCCGACCCAGCGAAUCUGUCGUCGUGGAGGCCAAGGCCGCGAGCAUCGGUAAUUCGGACCAAUUCUCACUCGGCUUCACCCUGCGAUUCCCCCGUUUUCGCAAACUGAGAACCGACAAGAACUGGGAUGAAGGCCUAAGCGUGCAAGAGUUCCUAGACCUCCGGAGACGAGUGGAGGCGGAAGCCAAAGAAAAGACCAUGAGCGUCGAGAAUCGCAAGCGCAAGUCGGUGAAGCGCGUCAAGCGCGAAGUCGUAAUCGCCGGAACGGAAAACAUGCCUGCGCAGUUCCAAGCAGACAAAUCUAAGGUGUUUGAAGGCCUCGAGUUCUGCGUCCUGUCCGAGUCGCUCAAGCCGUUUAAGAAGACCAAGGCACAGCUCGAGACCCUUAUCAAGGAGAACGGCGGCCAGGUUUCUCAGCGGGGUGUCCCGCAGUCCGGGAUGAUUCUCUUGGCGGACAAGAACGUCGUCAAGGUCGCGAGUUUGGUCAAGGAGGGGCAAAAGGGCAGCGGUGUUGACAUAAUCAGGCCAAAGUGGGUCCAAGACUGUCUCGAACAGGCUGACGAUUCUCUGCUACUUCCCUAUGAGGAGCGACACUUGUUACAUGCGACGGAAGCUCUCAAGACGGUUGCUUUGCAGAACACGGAUAUGUACGGGGACAGCUACGCCCGCGAUAUCAGUCUCAUCGAGCUGCGCGAAGUUCUCAAUACGAUGCCCAAGAAAGAGCCUGAUACGGAGCCUUUUAACAAGACGCAAUUUCUCAAUCAGCUCGAGGAGCGUGGACGCGGGGUGGGUCCGAUGAAGGGAUCAAUGUUCCAUCGUUGCGCCGUCCAUUUGGUCAACGUUCAAGAGGACGAGGAUGAAGACGAGAUCAAGAUGUUGAAGCUUAGGCACUAUCUGACCUUUGGCGGUGCACGCUUGAUCAGUGAUGCCGACGACACAGAGACUACGCACGUAGUCGUGGUCGGGGACAAGGACCGGCGGAAGGAUGCGGCCGCUGCUUUGCGAGAGGAAGCCAGUCGUAGGCGUAAGAUUCCACACAUCGUGACCGCGGAAUGGGUUGAAGAUUGCUGGCGAGAGAAGACGCUGCUGGAUGAGGAGACGUACACGCGAAUGUGA